AAUUAAUUGAAUACUUACGAUAUUUUUAUUGAACAAAACAAGCGGGCAGCCCUAGUAGUUGCUUUAAAAAAAAAUCGUUCAUCUUUCACCGAUUUGUUUGGUUAGUGAAAGAACUUUAAUUUACGGACCUACAAUUAUUUGAUAAAAUGGAAAUUGGUGUCGAAGAAAACCCUAGCAGCAGCACUGAAAACGCCAACGCUGAGAAUAAUGUAGUAGAGAAAAUACAAACACCUCCACCGCAAGAAGUUCCAAAGAAGACCAAAAAAGAAGACCGUCUCAAAAAGGAUGACAAAUUGGUUGAACAGUUUCUGAAGUCGUUAAACUCUCUCCCUUCGGUUGAUGAAAAAUUCUCAGCUGUAUGUAAAAAGUACUCGCAGACAGCAGAUGAAAAUAAAAAGCUUCAGUUCUAUAUAAAACAAUCGGAUAAACGCUAUGCUUUAUUAUUGAAAGAAAAAGAACAAUUGCAACAUGAGUUCAACAAAACUAUUCUUGUUAAAUCUAAACUGGAAAACCUUUGUAGAGAAUUACAGAAGCAAAAUAAGGCUAUUAAGGAAGAAUCCCUGCUCAAAAUCCGUGAGGAAGAAGAACGCCGUAAAGAGACCCAAGCCAAGUUCCAGAACACAUUAUCGGAGAUCACGACAUUACUGCAACAGAACAAUGAGAAGAAUGCGAAGCUCAGAGAUGACAACAUAAGUAUGACGGAGAAGUUCAAGAGUGUCGUUCAGCAGUACCAGCUUAGAGAACAACAGGUUGAUAAAAUGGCAAAACAGAUGUCGCUGGAAUCUCAAUUAUCAGACGCUAAGUUACAAAAGGCCAGUUUAGAGCAUCAAGCAGAAAAAGAACGCCUUUUGGCCGAAAUGGAGCAGCUUAAAGUCAGUAUAGCGCAGUACUGGACCAAGAUAUUGGAACUGCAAGGAACGGAGACAGCGCUGAGAGGACAAUUGGCAGUCUACACUGACAAAUAUGAUGAGUUCCAGAACGCUUUAGUGAAGAGUAACCAAGUGUUCGGUGGAUUCAAAGAACAGAUGGAAAUGAUGUCAAAGAAGAUAAAGAAGUUGGAGAAGGAGUCGUUAUCAUGGAAGAAACGAUGGGAGACAUCUCAGACAGCUUUACUGGACAUGUGCGGUGAAAGGCAAGCCAGCGAAGAAAAGGCAGCUAAUUCUAACCGACAGCUUCUACAUAUGCAGAGCUUGUGCCGUACGCUACAGGGUGAACGCACAGUUUUGCUGAACACCUUGAAGGAGCACAACAUAGAGCGGCCGCCGCUGCCCCCGCCAGUCGCCGCGCCGCCGCCACCAGCGCCCGCGCCUUCUUCCAACGCCGCCUCCAACGCUAAGGUUGACGCGAUGGCAGCGAAUUGCGUACAGUUGCGACAGAGCUUAGCACAUCUACAGACCCAAUUGAAUACACUUACAAACAAAAACAAGGAGGAACCACCGAAACCAGAGAAACAGAAAAAGUCGAAGUCGAAAAAGAACAGAGGCGAGAAACAAGCUCAGAAAGUAGAAGAAAAAUCGGAGGUCAAAGAGGAGAGUGACGAAUGCAGUCCUGUAAAAGAAACAAUAGAAAAUGAACCUAGCGUCGAAGAUGUUACAGUUUCAAAUGAUGAAACUAAGGAGGAAAAAGUAGAUGACAAAACAUUAGAAAGCCUUAUUCAAGCUAUAAGCAGCGCUAAUAUAAAUCUGUGCGAUCUGGAGGUGGUUAACGUCGCAAACGGUGAUGAGAAUGACAAUGUAGAUAAAGUAUUAGAAAUAAAUGAAGCUGUACCAAAUGUUAAAGAAAUAUCGGCGGUUAUUGAAACGAUAAAAAAUGAAGUAGCUGAAAAAUCAAAUGAAGUCAAUGCCAACGUCGAAGUCGAUUUGAAUGUAACUCAAGAAAUUAAUUGCAACGAUGAAAUCUCACAUAUCCCCGAAGUGAAACCAAUCUCGGAGAAUGGUGCAUGAGACGUGUUCAAAUGUCAAUUAUCAUUGUAAAUAUUGAAAUAUUUGACUUUAGUUUUUUUACAGUAAUUUAGUGAGAAGUUUUACACCGUUUGUUUUUUUUCUAGUAUUUUGUUGGUCUCAAGUUUUUGUGUUUGUGUGUGUGUUUUUUUAUGUAAGUAAUUCAUCUUUCAACGAGAAUGUUUAAAAUCGAAGUGCCUAAACAAUUUGUUUUCUAGUCAGAUUUCGGUAUUGUUUUUGUAUUCGCCAAGCUUUCAUUUACAUUUAACGUUAUACAAGUGGCAGUUUAAACGUUUUACCAUGCCUACUUUUUUUUAUUAAGUUUUAAUUUUUCAAUUCAAAUAACCACUUUAACAUAUAUUCUGGAUGUCUCAAUUUGUGUGCUGGGCGCUAUCGAAUUUUCUGAAUUUUGUUUAAUUCCCUUUUAACGCCGACACAAAACUUCUUAACGUUUUUGUGUACAAAAAUUACAGUUUCUCGUAGCGGCGGCGUCUAAUACUGAAUGAUUUGAUAGCCACAAAUCACACAGUAUUAGCUGCCACAAUAUUCUCUAUAAAAUUUGAAUAGCUCCAGCCAUGUUAUCAAGAAAGAGAUUCUGACCAACGUGUCAAUGACACGAUCUUUAUGGUAAAAAAUAGACAAUGGUGUCGAUUCUGGCAUGAUUUGCUAAACUUAAACUAACUGGAACAUCUCCUUUUCAUUCUGUGUAGAAAAUGACAAGGAUACACUGUUGUCAAAUAUAAUUUUAGUUUUACAGAAUCGCGCCAGAAUCGACACCAGUACCUAUAAAACUUCGGUAUAUUAGUUAUUAUGCACCCUAAUUUUUUGUACUUAUGUUUUGUUAUGUUACUAUGUGUAUUAAUGAACUUUCUGCUUUCAGAAUAGUUUUAAUUAUUACAAAUAUGUCAUUAAUAUGGUGCCAAUGGAUAGUAAAAGAAUUACGUACAAAUGUUUUUUUUUUCAAAUUGCAGUGCAAUAUGAAACGGAAUAUUAUUAAAGUCUAGAUCAUGUUGGUGGAUAUAAGUCGAUUAAUUUUGGACUUUUUCUAAUAAGAACUGUAUUCAUAAACGCGGAUGUAUCCAUCUUCUUGGUCAUAACUGUGUAAUUGUGAAUCUGUAAUACCAAUGUCGUUUUUUAAUGACUCUUGGCAUUUUAUGAAAACUUCAGUGUCAUCAAUACUUUGUUAUUAAUUAAUUUAGCAUGACGAGCGUUUUUCGCGCAAAAACAUCCUUCUUUGCGUUGAAACUAUACAUAGAUCUAUUGAAUAGUACAAUACAUACAAACAAGGAUUUUAAUAUUCAAAAUUUGUCAAAUAUCUCGCAAUUUAUUUUUAUAAAGUGAUAAAAAUGGACAUAAAAUAAAAAAAUAUGGAAUUUUGCUUAUGUUUACUGCUAACAAAUCUCAAUACCUUAUCGUUUAAGUUUUGCCUUUUAUAUAGAAUAAAUGUGACUUCUGAGUUUUUUUAAAUAAAGUUAGAUUUUUAUAACCCUGUGAGAUGUUGUGAUUUCUUUUAUCCUUAUAAUAUUUAACCAUGAGAACUUCGACUUUAGCGCGUACUGAAAAUGUAGGUAUUAUCUGGAGCUCCUCUUUGUUUGCGAAGGCACGUUAAUCCCAGCUGAUUCUACAGUGGUUGCACUGGGAAGUCGUGCUUGUGCACCAUGCAUGUUGGCUGAAAAUUUUAUUUUCGGGUUAAAAAUAAAUUUCAGAAUGAAUGUUUGUUAUACUGGCCCCUUGGAAAAAUCCGUAGCCACGCCUUAGAGAUCCCAAACCUCGCACUUCGGUGCGAUGUUAACCUCCUGCUACGAAGGUCGCCAGUGCUGUUAAAGUGUGUAAUUUGCUCGAGAU